AUAUAUAAAUAACUGUUCGUUAAAUCAGUAUAUUCUUUGCUUUCUUCGUUCAUUGUUUAAAUAAAUAUAAAUAAUCAACAUUGCUCUUUCGAUCGUUAAUUAAACUUAAAAAUAAUCAUUUUGAAAAUAAUUAAAUAAAAUUAUAUUAUUUUAGUAACAAGUUCAUCAAGUUUUAGUCCGAAUGAUAAAAUUCAUUGACGUACACCAAGCGAAGGAACACAAUUAGAUCGUCCUGGAGCACCAUCACUUCUUAUAUCAACUUCACCAACAGUUCAACCACGACAAAAACUUUCCUUUCCAUUAUUAAUAACAAAUAAUGAACAAAAAUUUUCGACGAUAAUGGAAGAUAAAACAAUUGAACAUGAAUCAACAACAGAUUUGUCAACAGAUUCAACAUCAACGACAAAUGAUGGUGUUAAUGUUGGAAAAUCAAAUAAUAAUCGAAUAUCUUCUUUUUAG